AUGUAUGUGGAGCCGGAACAAUCAACAGCGGAGAACCUCAGCGAGGUCCUUGGCGAGUUGAAGAUCGACGAAUCUGGCAUCGCCCCAUACAUCAGAAGACAGAGGGCGGACCGUGUCGAGCCUGAUGCCCCUGUUCAAGACGAUACUGAGGACAGACUUCCGCCUCUGAGCACGGGGGCCGGCGCAACGAUUCGUAUUCCACCAGAGCUCAUGCCUGCGGACGAAGAUGUGAUGGCUUAUUUCAAGAUAUUCUUUGAUGAUAUUCACCCCUACCUGCCAGUAAUCCCCCGUUCCCAUCUUUACUAUCAAUGGCAGAACGAUCGGACUUCUAUCUCCCCUCUCCUUCUUGAAGCACUGUUUGCGUGCGCGGGUCGACUGUCCGACGAGGCUUCAGAAGGUGCCCAGUGGCUCGCUUUGGCAAACAGGCACGAGCCAAGUUUCAUGGAUGUUCCGCGGCUGAGUACCAUACAAGCAUUGCUUCUUCUGUUGAAGGCCAGAGAAUCCCGCCCAAAGAAAGGAUAUUACUACAGAUCCUGGCAGACCGUCAAGACCAUUGUAUCCAUGGCCAAGGAUUUGGAUAUCCACGAGCAUUACAGUCUUCACGCGGAAGGCAAGCCUUGUGACCUCAGCCCGAUUGAAUGUUUGGUGUCCACACGGGUAUGGCAGGCUCUGUUGGUCGUUGAAGUCAUGAUUGGAGCACCUCAAGGCCGAUCGGAUUUUGGCGUCGAUCCAGAGACAGUGGACAUGCGUCCGACGUUGGACAUCCGAGGUCUCGAUCAGUACGAGGUUGACCGCUCCCGACAGCACGCCUAUUUUGUUCGUAAUGCUCACCACAUUCGCAUCAUCGCGGAUGUCUAUCACAAAGUAAAGAAACAGAAGGAUUGGGAAGCCGACCCUCGCUUUGCACAAAAGAAUCCGCUCUUCACCGACUGGCUUCGUAACUUACCCCCGGACUUGCAGGUCAAUUACCCAGCUGAUGGUUCGCCUCCGUGGCUUCCAUCACACUUUGUGGGCAAUAUGCAUUCGCACUGCCACCUUGGGAUAAUUCUCUUGCAUCGCCCGCAGCUGCUUGCAUCACAAUCAUUUACAGCUGGGGGUGGCUGGAAGGUUCACAUGUCGCUAUGUUAUUCUUCUGCUCGAAGCCUGUGUCGACUCCAAGAGGCUAUUCUCAAGCAGUUUGGUCUACCUGGUCUGCUGUAUAUGCAGAGAGGUAUUAACUUUGCCAUCUAUUGCAUUCUCACAUGUACCAUGCUACACCUGGUUGCCAUCACUUCUCCCGAUCCUCAGUUUAACUCUGACGCCCGGGAGUAUUUCACUCGGCAUAUGCGAAUCCUUGAGCGAUGCUCGGCUGCCUGGCCGAUGCCGGAAAUCCAAGCUCAGAUCGACUCCUUGAGGCUGGCCUUCUCCGCCGAUACGAGUCGCCCGUUUGAGUUGAAACCGAGCUUUCCAUAUGGGAGUCCUUCGGAGCCAUAUCACCCCAGCCCGCCACUUGACGCGCAUUAUCAUCCGCAUCUCAGUCAAGUCCCAGCCAAUGUCCAAUCCAGAGUGGGUUUCAACAUGCAUCCAUUAACUCCUCCAAUUUCGGCUGGUACUGAAGACUCCAAGUCCGACACAUCCUCCCAGUUGCAGUCCCUAGGAAUGGUGCCCCACCAGCCCCCUACAACUCAUCCACUGGAUGCACCGUUGGUAGAUGAAAAUAGUUGGGACCCGACUCGAAUCAUCAACCAAUGGGACAUGGCCUUCUCCGUCGCACCCUCCUCCGUUAGCACGAAUUCGCCCCCAAUGCCUAUGAACAACGCGGCCCAGAGCGUACCCAAUAUGGUGCAUGAUCAGUACGUUCAAUACGACUCGCCCACUAAAGUGACUUCUGUUGCACCACAGCAAUCUAUUUCUCCACAAUUCCAACAACCUCCGAUGAUGAUCACGGCCCGAGAUUGGCAGCAAAGCGUUGCUAGCGUGUAUGACCCUCAGGGCCUGAAGCGGCGAUGGAACUACUCGGUUGAUCUCGGUUCCCAAGAUCAUAUGAUGAAGCGGCAUCGUGGAUGA